CGUGCGAGCUUCUGCGAUGACCUUCAGCACCACGGACUCGAGGAAGGGUGCGCCGGAAACCAUGUGUCCGCGGCUCGCGGAUGGGCUCCUGAUCCACCCCUCGGAGCACUCUCGAGGGAAAUCUCGAGUCCCAUCAGCACGCCUUGGCUCCAGAUGGCCACAGCAAAUGCUUGACGGAUCCAGUUGAGCUCCUCAAGAGUGAACAGCCCCGCAUCCUGGCUCUGCAGGGCUGGACAGGUGCCCGGAUGGGAGCAAGGGAGUGAUGCGGAGGCGCCGGACAGGUAGAGCAGCUCUCGGCCGAGAGAAGUGCCGCGCUCCUCGCCAAGGAGCCCGCUGCGCUUGCGCCGCCUCCAUCUUGCCGUCCACCACACCUUCCACCGCCCAGCAUGGCCAGCGGCAGCAGCGAGAACGCCGCACUGCUCGCGCAGAUUGCCGCACUCAGCGGCGCCAUCCAGACGCACCGCGCCGGUGCCGCACCCGCCGCAGCGCCGAGCUAUGCGCGCGGCCGGGGACGCGGGCGAGGCCGGGGGCGCGGCGCAGCAAGCGCAGCACCGCUGCCGAGCAGGCAUCGCCAGCUCAUCCUCACCGCACCUGCCGCCGCCACGACAUCAUCCAGCAGCGCCUCGAGCUCGAGCGAUGCUGCGGCCGCUGCCAAGGCACCCGAGGCUGCCGCUGCGCCCGACGCGCCGCAGCAGUGGGUCAAGACGCGCACCGGCGGCGGCAUGAGCCUCGUCAGCGCUCAGGUGUACGAGAAGAGCGCCGCCGCAAGGCAGAGCGCCGCAGCAUCAAGCAGCAGCUCGCGCGGCACCCGCGGCGUGCGGGAUGCUCGCGGCGGCAGCAGCCGUGGCGCCUUCGCACGCGGCGGCAGCAGUGCCGCAGCGGUGCGCCGCGGCCCAAACAUGGGCGAGGUGAUCGUUGACGGCGUCACGUUCGUCUUUGAUGCGUCGGGCACCAAGCUCGUCAAGGCGGCGUCGCGGCCUGCCGACGAGGCAGAGGCCUCUUCCUCGAGCGCGCCCCCAGCAUCGCCCAACACGCCGCUGCGCACGAACGUCAACGGCCAGAAGUUCGUGCGCACAAAGACGGGCAACCUCAUCUCCGCCGAACUGCUGGCGAAGCGCAAGGAGGCGCGCGAACGCAAGGGCAAGAUGAAGCGCCUCGAGGGCCUAACUCGGGACGUGGCCGAGCGCCAGGCACUGCGCAACGCUGCGCGUCCCUCGUCAUCCAAAACGACCCUAUCGCCGCGCAAGCCCAAGGGCCUGUGCUCGUACUUCAACAAGACCGGACAAUGCAAGCGCGGCCUCUCGUGUCCGUGGGAGCACAACAGCGCCAAGCGCGCCAUCUGUCCCGGCGCGCUGCGGCCCACAGGAUGCACUGCGGCGCGCGGCACAUGCCUGCUCUCGCACACGCCUUCGCCGCACCGCUCGCCGCACUGCACGCACUUUCUGCGCAGCGGCACCUGCCGCGCCGGCGAGGCGUGCGCAUAUACGCACGCUGCGCUGCCGCCCAACGCGCGUCUCUGCCCCGAGUUCGCGCGUGUGGGCUGGUGCGAGGCGGGCCGCGCCUGCGAGCGGAGACAUGCGUGGGAGUGCCCAGACUUUGCCGAGAGCGGCAAGUGCACGCGCAAGGGCUGCCGUCUCGAGCACGUCAUUCGUGCUGGUGCAGAUGCAGAGGAGGGUGCCGACGCGCUUGCCGACGAUGCGCUCUUCGUGCGCGACGACGCCGCGCAGUUCGAGCCAGAGGCGCCCGCGGGCGAGCGGAAGCGCUACCUGGACGAAGAGGCAGAGGCGUACGGGAGCGAGGAGGAAGGUGGCCUGACAUUCAGGCCGCGCAAGAAGGCCAAGGAGUUCGGCGCGCAGAAGGACUACAUUGGCUUCGGCGAGGAGGACGAGGAAGGGGAGGAGGAGGAAGAGGAGGAAGACGAAGAGCAGCACGAGCUCGUGGCCACUGACAGCGAGCACGACGAGAGCGAGGUGGAAGAAACAGAUGAUGUCGAGGAGAGCGACUCGUCGUCGGCAUCUAGCAGCGACGACGAUGCGGCGCUGUAGCAGCGCGCCCAGCCGGUGAGUCGCGCUUCUGUCCGCCAGGCCGGCAGCGGUCCGCCCUAGCCCGCCCUGCCUCAUCUAGCCUCUCUCCUCUUUGCGCCCUUUUUCUGUCACAUCUCUGCCCAUCGGCCAAAAGAUAGACCGCCUGUGAGCGUCAGUCUCCACACACAUAUUCCACGCACGUACGCUAGCACGAUCCGUCAGUAAUGACAUGCUGCGUUUGCUGGAGCGCUGCAGCGUCGUGAUGCGCUGGACGCCCCAGC